AUGCUCAUGCCGCCUUCCCUGGUUGCGUACUACAACACGCACUCGACGCGUAGCCAGCUGGAAGAGGGAGACGGAGAAGAUGGAGACGGAGAAGAUGGAGAAGGAGAAGAUGGAGAAGGAGAAGAUGGAGACGGAGAAGAUGGAGACGGAGAAGAUGGAGACGGAGAAGAUGGAGAAGGAGAAGAUGGAGAGGGAGAAGAUGGAGAGGGAGAAGAAGCAGCGCAGACAAGGGAAGAGAUAAGUGGGAGAGACGGGGGACAUCAGAGAGAGCAAGAAGUCUCUCCUUCGGCGUUCGAGAGGCUUCGUCCGGGUGUCUCCGUUUCUUCUGCUUCGUCCUCCCCUCGGGGCACCGAGUCGCCUUCCCGCUUGGCGGCGGGCCGUCGCCCAUCCGCUCUGCAGCCUGAGCUCUCGUUUCUGUUUUUCCCUCCCAAGACGAUCACGGCCGCGGCAGGCAGCGGCGGCGAAGGCUGCGUCUCGUUUCGCCGAGAAAAAAGUCUGCCGAAAGGAGGACCCGAUGGAGCGCCGGGUGGGAAGGGCGGCGACGUUCUCCUGAUUGUAGGCGAGCAGCAGGCUCUCGCGACGUGUCCGAAACUGCGGGGAGACAGAGACGGGAACGCGGCUCUGGCGGCGACAGAGGCGGAGGCGGCAGGGACGACUCCGGCGCGGGCUGGGAGACAGCGCCGCAAAACACGAGAGAAGGCGUCGCUGACUCGUGGAGAGAAGCGAGACGCGGAAGAUCUAAGCAGAAGAAAGCGAGGCGUGUGGCAGGCGGCAGAUGGCGGCCGGGGCCAGGGCGCGAUGCGGCAAGGGAGUGCAGGGAAGCACGAGCGCGUGUCCGUGCCGCCCAACACCCUCGUUUUGGAUGUGACGGAUCUCGAGGAGGGCGUGCGGGAGUUGAAGGAGAGACGAAAGGAAGAAGAAGACGGAAACGACGACGAGGAUGCACUGCUUGACAAGGGGUUGGAGGCGAUGCUCCGCAUGCACGGCAAAGAAGGCGACAACGACGGAAUUUCUCAAGAGGGACGAGGCAGAGGCACGAGCCAAAAACACAAAGACGAACGAGAAGAGAACGGCGAAGAAGGCGAGGGAAAAGAUGGAGAAGAGAGCGACAUGGGGGAAGAAGUGGACGACGAUGAGGCCUUUGCUGCGUUUGCUCGCAUGUUUGGCGACUUUCUUGAGAGUGGAGGAAAAAGCGGCGUGAGCAGCAAGCGAGAGAAGAGCGAAACGCGUCGCAGCGCGUUCAGGCUGAAAAGGAAAGACGGUGGAACGCUUACGAGACAAGACACACUCUUUUUCGAGCGAGACGGGCUUGCAGCAGAAGACGGGGAAGACACAGAAAAUCGUUCCGAGGAAGACGACGCCAUGGAGGCUUUCUUCGCUUCGCUCUUUGACUCGAAGGCCCCGCGUCCUGCGAAGAAGAGGAGAAUGGCGGGGACCAAGAUACACGAAGAGCGACGCCGGACGCCUGCGGCAGGAAGGGUGCGAAGACGCCUGGCCAAGGCGAAGGAGGACGACAACAUCCAGGAGGAAGUGGAGAGCGCGGCAGAGACACCAAGACAUGAAGGAGACACAGACGAAGAGGAGGGCGAGGAGGAGGAAGAAAGUCGCGGAGCAAGAGGAGAAGCAUUGCGGCGGCUACGAAUCAAGAGAGAAGAUGAAACGCGACACAGACGGGCGGGAACAGGGAGCGAGGAAAUGCGGAGGCGGUCGCCAGAAGACACAGACAGAGGGAUAGAGAAGGAAGCGACAGGACGCAUGAGAGGCGGAGAGAAAGAAGCGAUUCGUGGAGGCUGGGAAGGAGAGGAAGGAGAGGAAGGAGAGAAAGGAGAGGAAGGAGAGGACGGAGGGGAAGAGAAGAACCACGAGACACCGAUUCACGGCGUGUAUCUCAGUCGCGCAGGCCAGCAGCUUCUUCUUGCUCGGGGAGGAAGGGGCGGGCGAGGCAACGCAGCCUUCCUCACAAACACCAAUCGCUACCCAACCACGGUCGAACGCGGCCAGGAAGGCGAGAGGCGCCGCCUGCUCGUAAUUCCAAAUUUCGCGGACGUUCUCGUCGUAGGCUUUCGAGGUUCUGGGAAAACGUCUCUCCUUCAGGCGGCGUCGAGCAUGGCUUCCCAGAAGAUGCCCGCCGCGUCCUCUUCCGUUUCUAAUUUCAUGUCUCUCUCGCUUCCUGGGGACAGGUCGACGACUCUGGUUUGUUGGCCGUCUCCGCCAGACCCUGUAGCCGCUGAAGCGUCGGAGCGAAAGAGAAACGACGGCUUCGGAGAAGAUGUGUUUUCACUUCGGGAGCCCUCGAAUCCGCUGCACGGUCUUUUGCCCGGCCCCAGACGCGCAGCCCUGGACCCGCUGAAGGGAUGCGAACGAGGAAGCACAGUAUUUCUUCUCGACAGCCCCGGACUUCCGGACACGGUGCUGGAGAACCGAAAUCUGUCUCCCUAUCCUUCCUCUCCUCGUUCCUCGCCUACUUUUUCAUCCCCGGCUUUUUCCUCUUCUGCAUCAGUUCUCGGCGGUCUCGCGGCGUGUCGUCUGACAGGCAUGGUGAUCGAUGCCUCCAGACCCUCUGAAAUUGUGGAAGGCUACAAACGCCUCUGCAGAGCUCUCCACAGCGGCCUGCCGGGUGCCUCGCUCGUCCCGCGAAUCAUCGUCCUGUCCAAGAUUGAUCUCUGCGCUUCCCGUGCGAAGUUACGGGAGGCGGUGGAGUCUCUUCGCGCCUUCACCGACAACCGGAAAAUCUUUCCCGUCUCUGCCCGAACGGGGGAAGGAAUUGCCUCACUGGUUUCUCAGACGCAGACGCUUCUUCGUAGCCUCUACGUCGGUUCGCAUACCGACACCCAACUCCCAAGCAACCGUCCGCUAUCUUCGUCGUCGUCUCCUCGCUUUUCUCCGUUUCGUUUGUUGUCUCCUUCGCCGCGUUUUGAGACUACGCGGAGGUCUUUGGAGCCUGGGGCAGCGGCGGUAGAGAAUGGACGGAGAACCGACCUCCCUCGGAAUCGCUCCUCACCUUCGUCCUCCGCUCCCGCGCUGUCUCCGUCUGUUUCCCCUUCUCUGUCUCCGCCUUCUGCUGGCUCGUCGCCGCUAUCUGUCGAGCGUCUUCUGGAUCUGUACCGACCCCUGGGCGAGCACGCCGUGCGCAUUCACGCGUGGGAAGAUUUGGAAGAAGAGAGACAGAGGCGACUGCGCAGACGGAAAUUCGUGGGGCAGAGUCUCUCUUCUUCUCCGGGCGUCUCUCUGCGGACAAAAGAAACGGAGCAGACGCCGUUCGCGUCCCCACAAAACGCGCUUGAGAGAACGGGAAGUGACCGUCGCCCGACGACACUCGACUCGGGGGCGGACCUCCACGCGGCUGCUUUGGAAGCGGAGGGAGAAGAAGGCGAUGACGACCGAGACGGUAGAGAAGGCGAAGACUACCGAGACGAUAGAGGAGGCGAAGACGACCGAGACGGUAGAGAAGGCGAUGGAGAAGAAAGCGAGGAAGAAGAAGGCGAGGAAGAGGACGGAGAGUGCAGAGGAGAAGAACUGGGGCAAGGCGGUUCGGACCGCGUCCCGGCGUCCGCAUUCGCAGCGAACGGAGAGAAGGAGCGGCGGCUGAGGCUGCUGCUGGCGAGUGAAGGGCUCCGGAGGCCAGACGAGCAGGAAACGAAGCGAGGCGCGUCUCGGAAGAAACGGAAAAAAGCAAAGGCCGGGCCGCGUGGCCUCGUUUCGUCCAAAGAGAAACUCGGAGAACCGGAGCCCGACGCGUUCCCCGCCAUGCCGCGAACGCCAGUUGCUCUGGAGUGGAAGUGGGAGGAAGAACUAGAAAACCCGAAAAAAAAGAAGAAAACAGGGCGGAUCUUCCGUCUGUCGGGGACACUGAUCGACACCCUCACACGCCAAGUGAAGGAAUUUGACAACCCAGCCGCUCUGCGCCUGUACAGACAGCUCGCCGCCCGCGGCGUUAUCGAGCAACUUUUCCUCGAGGCCGGGGCAGAGGAAGGGGACACGCUUCGCGCAGGAGAAGCGGAACUGAAGGUGCUGCCGUCUUAUAGUCGGAGAAUGGAGAGUUUGAAGCCCCUGCUCAUGAACGAAGGGUUGCGGCCUCUCGUGACGGAGGCACCCGAAGAGCGAGGAGAUGGAGACCAUGAGGAGAGGCGAAGCGACGAGGAGCUCGAAGCGUGGAUCAACACCGCAGCCGAGAUGCCGUAG